ACAUAAGCAAAAAAGUCGUUGGAACAGCGACAACGAAUCAGUUGACAUUUGACAGCGCUUGUGAGCGGUGCGCUGAAGCUUUCAAAGCGGCGGUUUUCAUACAAUACUAAACGUUAUGUUUCGUGCAAGAAUUAAAUAAAUUUUAAUGAAAACGUUUGUGCAACGCGAUGGCUAGUGCAGUUUUAGCAUAAAUCUCAUGUGAGAAAAAAGUGAAUUUGUGAAAGUAACAAGCCAAAUGCGGGGUCAGAGACUGUACGCCGAAACCAAGUAAUAUCAACAGUAAAAAAACGUAGCCACAUUUUCAAUAUGGAUGCCACAACCACGGAACAGCCGAGCACUUCUUCAAGUGCCAAAAAGCAAAUUAAAAUCAAUUCUGCCACAAACCAAUCCAGCACCACUAAUACUGCCACCGUAACAGCGGCGAAAGAACGCAAAGCAACGACAACACCCACGACCACUACGCCGACACCCACACUCGCGCAGAUUGGCAGACAGACAUCGCAUAACUUUCGCCUCAGUCAAAUCUCUGAUAGUGGCGCAGAGAGCGGCGACGAACAGACACGGCUUAUACGCUCCCCCUCCUCACGUUCGCAUAAAUUCAUUAUCAUACCCGCCACGCCACCUUCGGCCAGCGGCGGCGGUGCCAAAGAAAAAGCAACGCUCCCAUUUCGACCAACCAUCUCCGCGAGCUCAUUGUCCACACUUGCCGCCGCAAUACAGAAGACGCCAGCUUCGAGUCAGCCACCACUAACACGCCCCCGUUCGGUGGCGCGUCAAUUGUCCGCAGCUGCAACAGCGGUCACGGCUGCACCACCAACACUGCUGAGCCGCGGGGCACCCACCGCAGUUAAUCAGUCAAAGCCCACACCACACGCUGCGUUUCAUUCAACACCCGCCACAUCAUUAACACGAUCAGCACAAUCACAAUCGGAUGUAGUUCAUCAGCCGACAAAUACAAAAACACCGGCAACAAUAGCCGCUCUGCUCAACGACAAUUCAGCUGGUGUGACAUUCACAAUUGAGGAUUGCGAAUCGGAGGGCGGUGGUGGCGGUUAUGAUGAACGGUAUAGUGGCGAUUUCAGCGACGCCAGCGGUGGUGGUGUACCUGUCUAUGAUGCAAAACUUCAUCCCGACAAUGCAACCGCAAUCAAAUCCAUUAAAUCCGCGGCGAAACUCGCACCAUCGUACACGAUAGCCGGCAUUCAAACGCCACUAUCUACGUCGACAACUGCGCUGGUUACAGCAUCGACAGCACCCUCGGCGACAGCUGUACAUCCCUUCUAUCGUGGCGCAUUGCCAAGCAGCGAAGCAUCGCCGUAUAUGCAGGCAUUUUCACGUGGACGUAGUGAGAGAAGCAGCAUGAGAUCGGUGGUGUCAGCUUACAUGCCGGGUUCUCAGGAUCCGCUCGCCGAAGCGCUGGCACAAUAUGAAUUGCUUGAGCAGCAACAACAACAGCAGCUACACUAUUUACGACCCAGUCAUUCGGGUAAAGAUUUAAGUACGAGUUCCUCAUUCAUCUAUGGUGAUCACGUUGCCAAUCAAAUUUAUUCGGAUGUGACGUCGGUACGCUCAUUAGCAUCGAUUGGCAUCGGUUCGACGGAUGGACGUAGAUUAGUUAUACGACGUGUGCCACACACACCGCAUGAACUAUUCAAUAUGGUGCAUCCACCGACGCCGCCUCUACCCGGCGUUGAUGACGAUGAUAACGAUAGCUUUCUGGAUCCCUCUGAUGAUGCGGCCAAUUUAAAGCCACGUCAACAACAUUGGGCCAACAAAAUGCAGUUCGUGCUAGCCUGCAUAGGAUACUCAGUAGGGCUGGGCAAUGUCUGGCGUUUUCCCUACAUGUGCUACAAAAGCGGAGGGGGUGUGUUCUUAGUACCUUAUUGCAUUAUUUUAUUUAUCUGCAGUAUUCCUUUGUUGUUUAUGGAACUGUCAAUUGGUCAAUACACCGGGCGUGGACCAAUUGGUGCGUUAGGACAGCUAUGCCCGCUUUUUAAAGGCGCUGGUCUCGCUAGUGUGGUUGUCUCCUUCCUAAUGUCCACUUAUUAUAGUGUCAUCAUAGGUUAUUCAAUUUAUUACUUUUUCACAUCAUUUCGACCAGAUAUGCCAUGGAUCGAUUGUAAUAACAGAUGGAAUACGCCGGACUGUUGGGUGCCGCAACGCACAAAAGAUAUGUUAGCGCCGAACACAUCACGAACGCCAUCAGAAGAAUUUUUCGAAAAUAAACUGCUGCAAAUCAGUCCAGGCAUUGAAUAUCCUGGUGCAAUGCGUUGGGAGUUGUUUGUAUGCCUCAUCUGCGCCUGGCUGAUGGUCUACUUUGCGACAUGGAAAUCCAUUAAAUCAUCAGCGAAGGUACGCUACUUCACCGCCACAUUCCCGUUCAUACUAAUCAUCAUACUUAUGGGCCGCGCGGUUACACUCGAAGGCGCCGAUGAGGGUCUACGCUAUUUCUUUCGACCAAAUUGGUCGGAAUUGAAAAAUGCAAAUGUGUGGAUUAAUGCAGCGUCGCAGAAUUUCAAUUCUUUAGGCAUUACGUUCGGUUCGAUGAUCUCAUUUGCGAGUUAUAACAAAUACAAUAACAACAUUGUGCGCGAUACAGUCGCUGUAAGCGUUGUAAAUAUGCUAACUAGCCUGCUGGUGGGUGUAUUUGCCUUUGCGACAUUGGGUAAUUUGGCGUUGGAACAGAAUACGAAUGUGCGUGAUGUGAUCAGCGAUGGACCUGGUUUGAUAUUUGUGGUGUAUCCACAGGCGAUGGCGAAAAUGCCUUAUGCACAGCUAUGGGCCGUAAUGUUUUUCUUUAUGCUGCUCUGCUUGGGGCUCAAUUCACAGUUCGCUAUUGUCGAAGUGGUGGUGACAUCGAUACAAGACGGUUUUCCAAAUUGGAUUAAACGCCAUUUAGGUUAUCACGAGAUUGUAGUGCUAUUUGUGUGUGUUAUCUCAUUUCUGUUUGGCCUACCAAAUCUAAUACAGGGUGGCAUUUAUUAUUUCCAACUAAUGGAUCAUUACGCCGCCUCCAUAUCAAUUAUGUUCCUUGCAUUCUGUCAGUUAAUUGCGGUGGCUUGGUUUUAUGGUACCGGUCGUCUAUCAAAGAAUGUCAAACAGAUGACUGGCAAAGCGCCUACGUUAUAUAUCAAGACAUGUUGGCUGCUGUUGGGACCGUGUCUGCUAUUUGCUAUUUGGGUGCUUAGUUUAAUUAACUAUGAAGAGCCCAGCUAUCAUAAUGGCCGCUAUAAGUACCCAGAUUGGGCGUACGGCAUUGGUUGGAUGUUCGCAUCAUUUUCGCUUAUAUGUAUACCCGGUUAUGCUGUAAUUAAUUUAUUACGCGCGGAUGGUCGUACAUUCAUGGAGCGCUUGAAGAAUACGUUACGUCCAAACAUCUAUGAGUGUCGUAUCUGUGGCGAACAUCACUGUGAACACGACUUUCCUGAACAAGAACAAUAUAUGCUCGCACAAGAGUUAUCUGGCAUUUAUAAGCCGAAGGAUGCAAUGGAUCCGAACGCUCCCAUAAAUCAUUUGAAUUCCGGCAACAAGGCAGGCUACAAUCCUAUGCAUUUGCAGCGUGACCACGUUGAAUUGGCUUACGAGGAGAAAACUCAUCAAGAAGAUGAUACACAUUUGCCAUCGGCGUCUACAGCCAGCACAUCGACAGCAGCGGGAAAUAAUAAAUGUUAAAUGCAUAAAAUGUGCUCCCGUGUAACGUCUUCUCCAUAUAAGUAUAAACGGCUCAAUUAGUACUCAUAUGUACGUAAAUGUAUAUGUAGUUAGCAAUUUGAAAUCAACACAUUGAACAUUUGCAAUAUUUGCAUUUUACGCAAAACUACUAUAAUUGUUAUGAUCCUUGGAGUGCAUUGUUUGUCGUUUUUAGUUUAAUUAUUAUAAUAUGUAUGCGCGUCUGUACACACAACGUAUGUUUAUAUAUUGAAAAAACUAUUUAAUAAAAUUCAAGCUAUCAUUAAUAUUUAGUAAACAAAUUGCUAUAAUGAAGUGCAUUACAGAAUUGUUUGCACAAAGCGAAAAUCUCAAAAAGCAUACAUACACACAUCUAAAGUUAUGCAAUGUGAACUAGUGUUUAAAUUAAAUGCGUAUAUUUAAAAAUUUCCGAAAAUACAUAUUCAGUAUUCAUGAAAACGAAAAUUC